AUGAAAGCUCUUCAAGUGCUCCGUGAGACCGCCAGCGAGGCCGCUCGUCUGGCCUUGAAUGAGCUGCCAAAGCCAGCCCUCAUACCGAAUCACGUUCUCGUCAGAGUCCACGCCUCAGCAAUUCACCCAAGCGACGUUGGCAACGCUUCGGGCACUUUCCCGUACACGCAGUAUCCUCGCGUUGUUGGGAGGGACUAUGCGGGCGUUGUAGAAGAAGGGCCUCGCGAGCUUGUGGGAAAAGAGGUUUACGGCACCAGCGGGCACGCGUACGCCUUUACCAAGGACGGAUUCCAGGCAGAAUAUACCCUGAUACAAGAGGAUGAGGUUGCUUUGAAGCCGAAGAACUUGACGUUUGCUGAGGCGGCCACUGUGGGCGUUCCAUUCACGACAGCUUCGCAAAUGAUCGAGAGGGCGGCCGUCACAGAGUCCGACACAGUCCUUGUCAUAGGCGCCAAUGGAGCCGUUGGAUCAGCUGCCAGCCAGCUCGCCCAGAAUAUCGGCGCGAGAGUCAUCAGGGCGACUCGAGACGAGUCUGGCGAAGUGAACACGGACAAGGACCCUGAGCUGCAUGCCCUGGAUGCUUUGACGGAUGGCAAGGGAGUGGACGUCGUUUUGGAUACUGUCGGAUCUCCUACUCUGACGGUUAAUGGACUGAAGAAGCUGGCCAAAGGUGGCCGCCUGGCCUUUAUUUCCGCGCCCAAGUCGGGCGCCGGAGACCUCACCAUCGACAUGCGUUACUUUUACCGUGCUGACUUGAGUCUCUUCGGGUGCAACUCGCUGAACCCUUCGGCAAAGGAAAUGGCACGGCGACUGAAUGCCAUCACGGGCCUGUUCGAGUCUGGAAAGCUGAAGCCUGACGGCAAGUGGACGCCGGUGCCACUCGAUCAAGCUCUGGAUGCAUAUGGGAAGUUGAUGAAGAAGGCGACUAGGGAAAAGCGAUGGUGA